AUGGAAGCUAUCUCCCCCAUCAAGCAGAUAUGGGGUACGGCAGCUCCUAUCUUACGUCUCCGGCGCACCCCAAGUGGCUAUGGUCUUCAUCAGCGAUGGUACCGGGGACUGGGAAACGCAAGUACCGCCAUGAAUGAGACCAGAGACAUGGCUGUGAAAGCUCGUCCACCCCCACUGAACAUUAAGAGGCAGUCGUGUACACCCGAGUUUUAUGAGGCCAUCUCCAGGAUCUGCCAACUACGCCGCAAGUACAUGGAGAAGCGGACAGUUUUCGUGGAUGGCGAGGAGAUGGUGCCUAUCCUGAAGGCGCUGGGGGCCAGAGAUGAAGACUUCCCCAGACUUCAGGCCGUGAACAACAGUCUCGUCGGUGAUCCGACAUUGCCUUUCCGCAAGUCCCGUAACGGAAGGUUCUGCUUCGACUGGGAUACCAAGUCCGUGCGGCGACUCGAGUUUCAGCCAUUCGCACUGUCAGUGGGAGAGGACUUUAAACGGCAUGACUCGGACACCGUUCGUGUUUUCGAUGAGGUAGACAACGACCUGCAGCUCAACACGGCCUUCCAAGCGCUCAUGGUAUUUAAAGGGCUCAUGUUCCAUGGGAUGACGGUGAAGGAACGUCCGAAGCUUGACUAUCAUAGCAACAAAUGGGUGUGUACGCUCUUUGCUCUGCGUACCGUCACGACGCCGGAAAUGCUGGGAGAGCCCGCGCUGGAAGGCGUGCACACGGAUGGGGUCGACCAUACCAUGACAACCUAUCUGCGAAGUACCAACAUGACGCCGGAUAGUGCAGUGACUUUCUUGCAUGAUGUCAAGGAGAAAACUGGCAUCCGACUUCAAGAAACCGCGCCGGAGAUGAUCCGGGCACGAGCACAGCAUCGCCAUUUCCUGGACACCCUGUUAAUUGUCGAUAAUGAGCGUAAACACAGCAUAUCUCCAGUCUAUGCGGUCAACGCAUCCAGGGAGGCUACCCGGGACAUGCUGAUCUUCUUCACGCGCAAGCCAGUCACUGGAGACCAUAUUUCCGCGGGGAUUGACUCUCUUAAUCCUCACCGGGAAAUGGGAUUGGAGUUUCCCGCCAUGAGUCUGUCGGAUGAAUAA